AUUCCCGAAUCUUGCACAUAUUAUUAAUAACGCCUCAUUUCCCUUCCACCUCCGCGAAUCUGAGAACCCAGUGACGUCUGUUUGGUGGCCGGAAAGUUCGCCGGCAAUGGUGGCUACGAGGAGAUCGCUGAGGGAGACGGUACUGAUGGCCUACAGUGGGCAACACAAGCGCCGACCAUGGCGGUGCUCAUAUGAGGCCGGCGUUUGGGCGGAGGCGGGCGGGGAGGUGGUCGACGAAGAUGAGGAGGGCGCCAUGGAGAUGUUGCAGAUCGGGACUGAGCGCCCCAAGAAUGUGCUAAUUCUUAUGAGCGACACCGGCGGAGGCCAUCGCGCUUCUGCUGAGGCCAUCCGUGAGGCCUUCCACCUUGAAUUCGGUGACGACUAUAGGGUAUUUGUGAAGGACCUGUGCAAGGAGCAUGCAGGUUGGCCAUUGAAUAACAUGGAGAGGUCCUACAAGUUUCUGUUGAGACAUAGCCAGCUCUGGAAGGUCGCUUUUCAUGGCACUUCACCUCGUUGGGUGCAUUCCCUUUAUCUUGAAGGCCUGGCUGCCUUCUAUGCCAAAACGGUGGAAGCUGGUCUGAGGAAGUACAAGCCAGAUAUCAUUAUAAGCGUCCAUCCGCUUAUGCAGCACAUUCCAUUAUGGGUGCUAAAAUGGAAAAGCCAUCAGAAGGAUAUUCUCUUCCUCACUGUCAUCACUGACCUAAAUUCCUGCCAUCGGGCAUGGUUUCAUAGCGAUGUGAACAGAUGCUAUUGCCCAUCUGUGGAAGUGGCCAAUAGAGCCCUACUUGAUGGACUUGCUCCUUCUCAAAUCAGAGUCUUUGGUUUACCAAUUAGGCCUUCCUUCUGCCGUGCAGCACUCGAGAAGGAUUCUUUGAGACAAGAGCUGGAGAUGGAGCCGUGCCUUCAAGCAGUUCUGUUGAUGGGGGGAGGUGAAGGGAUGGGUCCAGUAAAGGAGACAGCUGAAGCCCUUGAAGAGGCACUUCAUGACAAAGAACUUGAUCGCCCAAUUGGGCAAGUAGUGAUCAUCUGCGGUCGUAAUAUGGCCCUGCAUUCUUCAUUGCAAUCAAUUCAAUGGAAGAUUCCUGUAAAGGUUAGGGGAUUCGAAAUGCAGCUGGAGAAAUGGAUGGGAGCUUGUGAUUGCAUAAUAACAAAGGCUGGACCAGGCACAAUUUCUGAGUCUCUAAUUAGGGGACUUCCAAUAAUCCUCAAUGAUUUCAUCCCUGGACAGGAAGUUGGCAAUAUCCCUUAUGUUGUUGACAAUGGAGCUGGGGUGUUCUCCAGCAGCCCAAAGGAAGCAGCCAACCAGGUAGCCAGGUGGUUUGGCCAUGAGAGAGAGGAACUAAAGAGAUUAUCACAGAAUGCACUGAAAUUGGCUCAACCCGAUGCAGUCUUUGACAUUGUGAGAGACAUCCACGAGCUGGUGCAUCAUCAAAGCCCAGUGUCUCGGCUAACCUAUACAGCGAAUUCACCUGAUCUUUCUCCCACCCUUCUGAGCUACUUGGUCGUCUAGUUUGUCAUAUUGCUGUUAUUCCCAUUAAUUUGUACAGUAUAUAUGAUUAAAUAUUCUUUGUUAAUGGUGUGGGAUUUGAUUCCUUGUUUCUAACUAGAUAGGUUAGUUUGGUUGGACUUUGUUUCAGUCCAUGAAGAGGGAUUCUUCCUUUUGUGAAUUAGUGAAGAUCCCUGAUUGUAUAUGCAAGCUUGUAAACUGUUUUUUGUUUAGUUUGAGAUGAUGAUGCAUGUUUUAAUUCAAUUCUCAUCUUUAAGCUCUCCUUUA